AAAGCGCGUAUUCCAAUUUUUUUGGAGGGAAUUUAACUUGUCUCUGUUCUUAUCCAAAAUUUUCUUUUUUUUUUGUUGUUGUUGUUUUAAUUCAUCAUGGACAAUGAUAAUGAUUUUGGUGAAGAUUUUGAAGAAAUUAUUGAUGAAGAAACUAAUCAUGGAAAUAAUGAUAUGAACAUUGAUCCACAAGAUGAUGAAAUCGAAACGAAACGUAUUCAUACUCGAUGGUGUCGACCACCACCAUCUUCAAUUGAUCCUGAUAAAGAUACAAUCAUUUUUCAACAAAUGGAUCUUGAUUAUUAUAUUGGUGAAGCACGAUCAGAUAUGCCUGGUCCAUCACAAGGACCAAUGCCAAUUAUGCGAAUGUUUGGUGUUACAUCGGAUGGUGUUUCAGUAUUGGCACAUAUUCAUGGUUUUGCACCAUAUUUCUAUGUUUUAGCACCGAAAAAUUUUGAUUCAAAACUUUGUAAGCAAUUACUUGAACGAUUGAACAAAUUAAUUUUAGGUGAAUUGCGAAAUAAUUCUGAAAAUAUAUCCGAUGCUGUUUUAUCGAUCGAUUUGGUUCAAAAACAAUCACUUUAUGGUUAUCAAAAAUUGGAUAAAACUACAUUCAUAAAGAUUACAUUAUGUUUACCACGAUUAAUCAGUAUUGCUGCUAAAAUUCUUACAACAACAAAUUUACUUGGACAAUCAGAAACAAAAUGUUUUGAAUCGAAUAUUGAAUUCGAAAUCAGAUUCAUGGUUGAUCGUAAUGUUGUUGGUUGUUGUUGGGUGGAAUUACCUGCUAAAUCAUAUCAUUUGAGAAGUACCAAUCAAUAUGAAUCACGUUGUCAAUUAGAAUUGGAUAUUGCUUAUGAUAAAUUUAUUGCUUAUGAACCGGAUGAAAAAUGGUCAUCAAUUGCACCGUUACGUGUGUUAAGUUUUGAUAUUGAAUGUGCUGGCCGAAAAGGUAUCUUUCCUGAACCAGAAAUCGAUCCAAUCAUUCAGAUUGCCAAUUAUGUUACUCGUCAAGGUGAACCGGAACCAUUUAUUCGUGUUAUUUUCUGUUUAAAAACUUGUCUACCAAUUGUUGAUCAUGAAGUUCGUUGUUAUGAUGAUGAGAAAAAAAUGCUUCAAGCAUGGGCUGAUUUUGUUCGUGAAGUUGAUCCAGAUGUUAUCACCGGCUAUAAUAUACAGAAUUUUGAUUUAAGUUUCUUAAUCGAUCGUGCUAAAACAUUAAAAUCAUCAACAUUUCCAUUUUUAGGAAGAAUGAAACGAUCACAAACAAAAGUCAGACGUGUUAUUCUACAAUCAAAACAAAUGGGAAAACGUGAAAAUAAAGUAGUCAAUAUUGAAGGUCGUGUACAAUUUGAUCUAUUAUUAGUAAUUUUACGUGAAUAUAAACUACGAUCAUAUACAUUGAAUGCAGUAAGUUAUCAUUUUUUAGGUGAACAAAAAGAAGAUGUACAUCAUUCAAUUAUUACUGAUCUACAAAAUGGUAAUGAACAAACACGUAAACGUUUGGCUGUUUAUUGUUUAAAAGAUGCAUUAUUACCAUUAAAAUUAUUAGAUAAAUUAAUGUCAUUAAUUAAUUAUAUGGAAAUGGCACGUGUAACUGGUGUACCAUUAUCAUAUUUACUUGCACGUGGUCAACAGAUUAAAGUUAUAUCACAAUUAUUACGACAAGCAUUACGGCAAGAUUUAGUAAUGCCUGCUGUACGUCCAUCACAAGGUGAUGAUUUUUCUGGUGCAUUAGUUAUUGAACCAAUACGUGGUUAUUAUGGUAUACCGAUUGCAACACUUGAUUUUGCAUCACUAUAUCCAUCAAUUAUGAUGGCACAUAAUCUUUGUUAUACAACUUUAUUGACUGCAAAUGAAGCCAGAGAAAUGGAUCCCGAAUCAUAUACAAAAACACCAUCAGGUUCAUAUUUUGUUAAACGAUCGAUACGAAAAGGUCUUUUGCCCGAUAUUUUGGAACAAUUAUUAUCAGCACGUAAACGUGCAAAAGCUGAUUUGAAAAAAGAAACUGACCCGUUUCGAAAAAAAGUUCUUGAUGGUCGACAAUUAGCAUUAAAAGUUUCAGCUAAUUCAGUAUAUGGUUUUACUGGUGCACAAGUUGGUAAACUGCCUUGUUUAGAAAUAUCACAAAGUGUUACUGCUUUUGGUCGGGUUAUGAUUGAAAAGACAAAAAAUCUUGUUGAAAGUACAUAUACUGUUGCAAAUGGUUAUGGUAAAGAUAGUAUGGUUAUUUAUGGUGAUACUGAUUCAGUAAUGGUAAAUUUUGGUGUAAAUACUGUUGAAGAAGCAAUGAAAUUAGGUAAAGAAGCAGCGGAUAAAAUAUCGGAAAAAUUUGAUAAACCAAUUAAACUUGAAUUUGAAAAAGUUUAUUAUCCAUAUUUGUUGAUUAAUAAAAAACGUUAUGCUGGCCUGUUUUGGACACGACCGGAAAAAUUUGAUAAAAUGGAUUGUAAAGGUAUUGAAACUGUACGACGUGAUAAUUGUCCAUUGGUUGCAAAUCUUGUAAGUGCUUGUUUGCAUAAAAUUCUUGUCGAAAGAAAUCCAGAAGCUGCCGUUAAUCAUGCAAAAACUGUAAUUGCCGAUCUAUUAUGUAAUCGUGUUGAUAUUUCAAAUUUAAUCAUAACAAAAGAAUUAACAAAAGCUGAUCAUGAAUAUGCUGCUAAACAAGCACAUGUUGAAUUAGCAAAUCGAAUGGCUAAACGUGAUGCAGGUUCAGCACCAAAACUUGGUGAUCGUGUACCAUUUGUUAUUAUUGCUGCAACAAAAGGUACACCAGCUUAUAUGAAAUCUGAAGAUCCACUUUAUGUAUUAGAAAAUCGUAUACCAAUCGAUACACAAUAUUAUCUUGAAAAUCAAAUUUCCAAACCAUUAAUACGGAUAUUUGAACCAAUAUUUCGUGAAAAAACUGAAUCAGUUUUAUUACGUGGUGAUCAUACACGUACAAAAACAGUAUUAACAUCAAAAGUUGGUGCAUUAUUUAAAUAUACAAAUAAACGUGAAACUUGUAUAAAAUGUAAAACAUCUUUACCGGAUAAACAUGAAUUUGCAACCUGUAAUUAUUGUGCUAAAGAUGAACAAUCAAUAUUUAAAAAUGAAAUUUCAAAGCUAAAUCAAUUUGAGGAAAAAUUUGCAAAAUUAUGGACACAAUGUCAACGUUGUCAAGGAAGUUUACUUGAAGAAGUUAUCUGUACAAGCUGUGAUUGUCCAAUAUUUUAUAUGCGUAAAAAAAUUAAAUUUGAUCUUGCUGAACAACAGAAAAUUAUUCAACGUUUUGAAAUUGAUAUGUAUAAUAUUUGUACUCGUGUCACACCUGGUGAACCACAAGUUUGGCUUGGUGAUGAUAAAGCAUUUACAUUUGAUCAUGUCUUUGAUAUGUCUUCUAAACAAUCGGAAAUUUAUGAUGCAUGUGUUACAUCACUUAUUGAAGGUUGUUUUGAUGGCUUUAAUGCUACAAUACUUGCUUAUGGUCAAACAGGAUCUGGUAAAACAUUUACAAUGGGUACCGGAUUCGAUGUUGCAUUACCACAAGAACAAUUAGGUAUCAUUCCACGUGCUGUUGAACAUUUAUUCAAUAGUAUCAAUACUAGGCGUGAAGAAGCAAAAAAUAAUGGUCUUCCAAUGCCCGAAUUCAGUAUUAGUACACAAUUUAUUGAAAUCUAUAAUGAUGAAAUUAUUGAUUUGUUAGCCGAAAAUCGAAACAAACGUAAUCGAAUAAGAAUUAUGGAUGAUGAUGGAAUUAUAUUGCUUGGUGUUGAAUCAAAAUCCGUAUCAACUAGUGAUGAUACAAUGCAAUGUUUAAAAUCUGGUUCGUUAUUUCGUACAACAGGUGCCACGUUAAUGAAUGCCGAAUCAUCUAGAUCGCAUGCAAUUUUUACACUUUUUAUCAAACAAACACGUAUCGAUUUGAUUGAAAAAGAGGAUGAUGAAAGUCCUGCUCAAGAAGUAGUAACAUUAACUGCCAAAUUUAAUUUUGUCGAUCUUGCCGGUUCAGAACGUCUUUCAAGAACUGGUGCCGUUGGUGAACGUGCACGUGAAGGAAUCUCAAUUAACACCGGUUUAUUACAUCUUGGCAAUGUGAUAUCAGCAUUAGGUGAUCGUACCAGAAAAGUUACACAUAUACCAUAUCGUGAUUCAAAGCUAACACGUGUCCUACAAGAUUCUCUUGGUGGAAACAGUGUUACACUAAUGAUUGCCUGUAUUUCGCCAUGUGAUAGAGAUUUUGUUGAGACACUAAAUACUUUACGUUAUGCUAAUCGAGCAAAAAAUAUCAAAAACAAAGUUACGGCCAAUCAAGAUUCGCAGACUCAACUUAUUAAUGAAUUACGUCGUCAAAUUAUGCAAUUACAGCUUGAAAAUCAAGAACUUCGUCAGGGUAAAUUAUUUGUUAAAAAUGAUGGUGAAGUAGAAUUGAAUGAUGUUUAUCAUGAAAACGAAAUGCUUCGAAGAGAAUUGAGUAAUGCAAAUGUUCGUAUAAAAGCAUUAAAUACUCGAUUGACCGAUGUAAACGAUGAAAAUAUUGAUCUUAAAGAAAAAUUGGCCAUGCAUCAAAUUUCAGCCAAUAAUGGUGCAAAUAUUACGAAUCAAACUGGAAACGAAGAUGCAGCUGAAUCUUUGAUCAAAGGAUAUCUUAAAGAAAUUAGUAAUCUACGUUCAAAAGUUGUUGAAAGUGAACAUCUCAUUACUCAUUAUCGUAAACAGUUGAAUAGUACGAAUGAUGAUUAUGAAAUGAAUGGAUUGGAUCUUAUCGAAAAAGCUAAACACGAUGUCGAAUUGGGUAAAGCUUAUUACAAUCAAUUGAACAAUUCGUUAAGCUCACCUGAUAGUAAUGGAAAUCGUGUCACCGAUUUACAAGAUGAUGAGCAAGAUGAUUAUUUUGAAGAAGACAAUGAUGAAGAUUUUGAAGCAAAACUUGCAAAUCAUAAUGUCGAAUUGGCCAAUUUGAUGGAAAGUUUGGCUUCAAAAGAACGUUUAAUCGAAGAAUUUGAAGCACGAGAACGACGAAUCAUUGAAUUAACUGAACAAUAUGAACAAAAAAUUGCUGGCUUUAAAAUGAAAAUCAAACAAAUUGAAGAAGAUCGUAAUAAAUUAAUGACCAAAAUCAAAAAAGAAAAUAAAGAUGAUCAUACAUCGAAAGCGAAAAAAGAAGAAUAUGAAAAACGAUUAACCAAUUUACAGGCUGAAAUUCGUAAAUAUGAAAAUCUUAAACGUGAACAUAAAAAAAUGCUAAGCCAAGAAUCGAUCAGUAAAGAACAGCUUAAAAAACUUCGACAAGAAGUUCUUGAAGCAAAACAACAUCGUGUCAAAUUGAUAGCUCAGAUGCGUGAACAAAUGGGUAAACAUAAUAAAGAAUUACUUAAGAAUCGUAUUAUGAUCAAUAAAUUAACACGUGAAGAUCAGAAAAAGAUUAUGCAAAUUAAAAAUCUGGAAAGUCGAUCAGAUCAACAGAAAAAAAUGCUACAACGACGUGAAGAAGAGCUUAAAAAUCUUAAAAGAUUAGCUCGACCAGUUUAUAGUAAUCGUGUGGCAGGCCGUAUUCGACGUUAUGUGAAUGGAAAUACUCCACAAAAAGCUCGCAACACUUGGAACGUUUUUGAACAAAAAUUUAACAAACUUGUCGCUCUUCGUAGACAUUCUGAACUGGAAGAGAAAAAAUUGACACGUUAUUAUGAAGAUCGACAGAAAGCAAUUGAUUUAUUGAAUACAUUGAAAGAAAAUAAUAGUGAUGCAGAUUAUAUUGCCGAUGAUCUUGAAUCGAUCAAAGGAAAUAUUGAAUAUUUGGAUCAAUGUAUUAAAAAUAGUCAAAGUAUUAUUAUGCAAUUAGAGGAUGAAAAUUUAAAUCCUGAUCAAUUGCUCGAUAAUGUUGAUCCAGAUGAAACGGAAUACAUAUUGAGUAAACUUGCUACAAGUGCAAUUAAUCAUGCUAUUGUUGCAUCACAACGUGGUGAAGAACUAAAAGACAAAUAUGCUGAAUUGAACAAAUUGAAUGAAGAAAAUGUUGCCCGUGAUCAAUUACUUAAUUAUCUAGUGGCUACAAAUAGAGUUCAAUUGAAACAUGAUGAUGAUGAUGAUCUCCUACCGAAUAUUCCUGAUAUUCCACCAUCUAAUCCUAAAUAUCGAAGAUUAACAAUGACACCAGCUGAAUUAUUAUUUUCAAUACCUGAGAAUAAUAAUCAACAUAAAAAUGUUGAUUCAACAGCUGAUGCUAAUGGUAAUAAUAAAGAUCAAUUAACGAAUUCACUACAACAAGAACAAAACGAUAACAAACAACAUCAUCAACCGACAGAUAUGAACAAAACAUUUUGGGUGAUGAAAGAUAAUAAUGUUGAUGAAAACAACAUUGAUCAACAAAAUUCGAAAAAAAAUUGUGAUCCAAAUUCGUUGAUGGUACAAAGUAUGUACGAAUCUUCGAAUGAUGCUAAUCAAAACAAAUCGAGCUUAAAUAAUGGUGGUGGUGGUGGUGGUGUAGCAGUUACUCCUUCCAUUCCGUUAUGUCAUGUAUCGAAUGCAUCAUCACUUAAAGAAUUGAAUGAUAUGAUGUCUUCAACUUGUGUCUCUUCGACAGUCGGCUUUUCUACACCGACCAAAUCUAUUGCCCAUCAUCAUUAUCUUUUAUCACCACAUUUGAUGCGACGUAGAAUUCCAUCAAACAAUAAUAAUAAUAAUAAUAACCAUCAAAAUUAUCAUAUCAACAAUAAUAAUAUCAACAACAACAUCAGUAAUAAUCAUAAUCCUUUAAUGAUGAAUAAUAAUCUUCAACAACAUAGUCCUACAUCUUAUAAAAUAAAUCGUUAUAUGCGCAAUACUAGCAAUAGCAACAAUAACAACAACAAUGAUCAAAAUCAUGAUCCAAAUUGUCGACCAAAUGUUCUUGAUACCUAUAAUAUCGGUGAAUCAUCAACAAGUACACCGCCCGGAUCGCCUUCGGUAAAUCGUCGAAUAAAUCGUGAAACAUCAUCAUCAUCGAUGUGUUCAUCAAUGAAUAAUGAUUUGGAUGUUUUCUCUAGAUUGACCGGUGCAUCAACAGUCAGUAAUCAAGUGGAAAAUAGCAUUGGUCAGAUAUUACCAUAUCAGAGUAAAGCAAUCGACAAACAAUUUCCAUUGACAUGCACACACACCGUAGUUGGACAUAGGCGAUCAGUAUUAUCAGUUACAGCAACAAAUGAAGUAUUAUUUAGCGGAUCAAAAGAUGGUACAGCAAAAAUUUGGGAUCUAACCCAAUGUACUGAAGUAUUUUCAUUGAAUGAUCAUCCUGAUGCUGUUAAUGUUAUACGAUAUGAUGAAUAUAAUAAGCUGAUAUUCACUUGUUCGAAAUCAAUCAUUAAAAUUUGGGAUCCACGACAAAAUCCUAUCGAUUGUGUACGAACAUUAUGUUCGACAGGUUUACCUGAUCUUGGUAAUGAUAGUUUUAUUUAUGAUAUAAAACUAAGUGCCGAUGGUUCAAUUCUGUUUUCCACAUCCGAUCGUAUUGUUCGUGCUUGGGAUCUACGAAAAUUUCAAUUAAUUUCACGACUUAAUACUGGUCAUAAAUCAUUGGUCACAUGUUUGGCUGUCGAUGAUGAUGAAAUCAAUGAUACACGAUUGGUUAUCACUGGUUCGAAAGAUCAUACCGUAAAAGUUUUCGAAUUGGAACAAAAUCUUAACGGAAUCUAUGUACCGAAAUAUACAUUGAAACCACCACAUUAUGAUGGUAUAGAAGCAUUACGAUUAACUGAUAAAGGUCGUUAUUUGUUUUCUGGUGGACGUGAUGGUUGUAUAAAAAAAUGGAGCCUUACCGAACAACGUUGUGUAGCAAGUCUUGGUAAUUGUCAUCGUGAUUGGGUAUUAGCAUUGGAUACUUUCUUACAAGAAACAGUUCUUUUAUCCGCUUGUCGAAGUGGCUAUCUUCGUGUAUGGAGUACAGAAAAUUGUCGUUCAUUUGGUGAGAUUCAAGCUCAUACAAGAGCUGUAAAUGAUAUUGCCACCAUUCCAAUGGCCAUAUUUACUGCAUCAAGCGAUUGUACAAUCAAUUUAUGGCAAUAUCGAGAUACCAGUCCAAUCGAUGAUAUUGUUGAAUAAUUGAUUUUUCUCAAUGAGUAGUAGUUUUUCAAAUCAGUAUUUUUCUUAGUACACCCUUUCGAAAAUUGUUCAUCACACUAUAUUUUUGUAGGAAAAAAAA